AUGGCAGGGUCAUCUCGUCUCAGCUGUGAGGAUCCAAAGAUGCGACGAGUGAACGUGGCGCGUGCGGCCGACUUCGCGGAUGGGGAUUUGCGUCAGGUUCGAAUCGUUGGGACCAUGGAUGGAGCUGGUGAUGGAGCGAUCAUGCUCGCCUUCAUCGAUGGUCAGUUCUAUGCAACUGGCGCGUCUUGUAGUCACUACAGUGCCCCUUUGGCAGAGGGUGUAGCUGCUAAGGACAAAAUGCAUGUAGUUUGCCCGUGGCAUAAUGCUGCGUUUGACAUCCGAACUGGGCAACCAGUGAGGGGAUCUGGACUGGAAGCGAUUCCUACGUACCAGGUUUCUGUGGAAGAUGGUAAUGUCAUUGUUCAGGUGCCAUAUGUCAUGGAUGACUUUGUGGCACCCGCCAUGUCUCAACGAGAUCCUGCUGAUGAACGCGUGUUCGUCGUCUUAGGGGGUGGCGCUGCAGGUGUGGCUGCAGCUGACGCGUUGCGACAAGAGGGAUACAAAGGUCGUAUUCUGCUGAUCACGGAAGAGAAGCAUUUGCCCUAUGACCGCCCGGUGCUUUCAAAGAAUCUGGGCAAGGCCUAUGACCCUGCAUCCUUGAGCUUAAGAGACGAAGCAUAUUUCAAGAAGCAUGAGAUUGAAGUGAAAUGCGCGGCCAGGGUCAAGAAACUUGACGCUGGACAAAAGACUGUCCAUUUGGAAGGUGAGGUCUUGAAGUAUGACGCAGCCUUGGUGGCGACAGGAGCAAAGCCUCGACCUUUGCCCAUCAAUGGUUUUGAUCUGCCUGGAGUUCUGGCUUUGCGAACUCCUGAAGAUGCUCAACAAAUUGCCGCGGCCUGUCAACCAGGCAAGAAGGUGGCUGUGCUUGGCUCAUCCUUUAUUGGCAUGGAGCUGGCCAGCACCUUGCGUCGCAGGGGUUGCGACGUCGUGGUGCUGGGCAUGGAACAGGUGCCCUUUGAGCGCGUGCUGGGCAACCGCUUGGGAGAAGCUCUGAAGGUCGCGGAGAAGUGCGGGAAGACAUCUUUGCUUUUCCUUUCUUUGCUUUUCCUUUCUUUGGAGGGGAAAGGCUGCAACUGGAAGCUAUACUUUACUUAG